UUCAUGUGUUUUGAGAAAUGAUCAGAUGUAAUAUAAACAUAACAAAUAAUAAAAAUGAACAGUAUUUUACAGUAAUUAUGUUUAUGAUGACAUACAGUAACUUAUGCUUGUCAAUGAGGUCUAAAAUGUUACUACAUUUGAUAUCAGCAGCAGUGAAGCAUGAUCUAUCACAGGGUUCUUCACAUCUACAGUUUAGCUCCAACCUCCAAACUCACCUGCCUGUAAUUUUCUAGUAAUCCUGAAGACCUUGGUUAGCUUGUUCAGGUGUGUUUGAUUAGGGUCGGAGCUAAACUCUGCAGCACAGUGGACUCGAGGGCCAGAUCUGAAGAACCCUGAUCUCUCAUGUUAAUACAGGUGUACAGUUGGCAUGCGUGAAUAGAUUUUAUCUAUUUGUGUGUGUGUGUGUGUGUGUGUGUGUGUGUGUGUGUGUGUGUGUGUGUGUGUGUUCCUUGACUCCACCUCCUGCACUUUGUCCUCUGUGAAUUAAACCAGUUCCAGUUUAAGUAAAAGUGAAACUGCAUUUAGUGACGAUUGGACUGUAAAAGGUUCUCAGGAGAAGAACACAGUUUACAGGUGUAACCUGGAGGAGGAAACAUGUCCUCCAAAAUGAAAAAAAGGUUUGAGGGUCUGAUUCAGGGUAAGAGAUCAGACUCACCUGAACCCAGCUGUGUGUCCAUGAAGAGUGACAGGUCAAUGGCUGAUCCAAUACACUUCAGAGACACAGACUGUGCUACUGAUCUGAGACCGCAGAAGAACAAAUCAAAAUUCACUGAGAAAAGUCAUUUGGAGGACGUAUUCAAGGAGCUGGAGCACAAAGUCAUCAGUCUGAUAAAGAAUGAGCUGAAGAGAUUUAAGAAGCUCCUGAGUCCAGAUUACCCAGCAUGCUCUGAGAGGGAGGUGGAGGAUGAGGAGGAUCAGAGCAGUGUCAGAGAGGGAGUGCUGAAGAUCACACUGCACUUCCUGAAGAACAUGAACCUCACAGAUCUCGCUAACACACUGCAGAACAAACUCGUCUCUGUGCACCAGCGAGAACUCAAAUCCACACUGAGAGAGAAAUGUAAAAGAAUUAAUGAAGGAAUCUCACAGCCUGGAAGUUCAGCACUUCUGAAUGAGAUCUACACAGAUCUCUACAUCACAGAGGGGUGGAGUGGAGACGUCAAUAAUGAACAUGAGGUGAGACAGAUUGAGACAGCGUCCAGGAGACCAGCAGCACAGGAGACACCCAUCAAAUGUAAAGAUCUCUUUAAAGACAAGUCCAUCAGAAGUGUGCUGACUAAAGGAGUUGCUGGAAUUGGAAAAACAGUCUCUGUGCAGAAGGUCAUUCUGGACUGGGCUGAAGGAAAAGCAAAUCAGGACGUCUUCUUCAUGUUUCCACUUCCCUUUAGAGAGCUGAAUCUGAUGAAGCAGGAACAUCUCAGUCUGAUGGAUCUUCUUCAUCACUUUUUCCCAGAAAUAAAAAAAUUAGGAUUAAUAGACUGUGAGAUCAACAAAGUCCUGUUCAUCUUUGAUGGUCUGGAUGAGUGUCGACUUCCUCUAAAUUUCCAGAAGAAUGAGAGACUGUGUGAUGUGACAGAGUCAGCCUCAGUGGAUGUGCUGCUGACGAACCUCAUCAAGGGGAAUCUGCUUCCCUCUGCUCUCCUCUGGAUCACCUCUCGACCAGGAGCAGCCAAUCAGAUCCCUCCUGAGUGUGUAGACCAGGUAACAGAGGUACGAGGGUUCAGUGAUCCUCAGAAAGAGGAGUACUUCAGGAAGAGGAUCAGUGAUCAGAGCCUGGCCAAUAAAAUCAUCUCACACAUGAAGUCUUCAAGAAGCCUCUACAUCAUGUGUCACAUCCCAGUCUUCUGCUGGAUCUCAGCCACUGUUCUAGAGAGAAUGUUGGGUGAAGCAGAGAGUGGAGAGAUCCCCAAGACUCUGACUCAAAUGUUCACACACUUCCUGAUCUUUCAGAUCAAACACAAGGACCAAAAGUACCAUCAGAAAUGUGACCCUGAUCCUCAGCAGACCAGAGCGAGUAUCCUGGCACUGGGAAAACUGGCUUUCCAACAGCUGGAGAAAGGAAACCUGAUCUUCUAUGAGGAAGACCUGAGAGAGUGUGGCAUUGAUGUGAGAGAAGUGUCAGUGUACUCAGGAGUGUGUACCCAAAUCUUCAGAGAGGAGUUUGGGCUUCACCUGGGGAAGGUGUUCAGCUUUGUACAUCUGAGUGUUCAGGAGUUUCUGGCUGCUUUAUACGCAUUUCUCUCCUUCAUCAACAAAAAGAUUGCAAAACAACAAACCUGGUCUGAUCUUUUCACCAAGUCAGACAUGUCUGAUCUCCUCAGGAGUGCAGUGGACAAGGCCUUACAGAGUGAGAAUGGACACCUGGACCUGUUCCUCCGCUUCCUUCUGGGUCUCUCACUGGAGUCCAAUCAGACUCUCUUACGAGACCUACUGCCCCAGACAGGAAGCAGCUCUCACAGCAAACAGGAAACAGUCGAGUACAUCAAGGAGAAGAUCAGGGAGAAUCCAUCUCCAGAGAAAUCCAUCAAUCUGUUCUACUGUCUGAAUGAACUGAAUGAUGAUUCUCUAGUGCAGGAAGUCCAACAUUACCUGAACAGAGGAGGUAACAGUCGUCUCAGAGAAGUCAGACUCUCUCCUGCUCAGUGGUCAGCUCUGGUGUUUGUGUUGCUGAACUCAGAAGAGGAUCUGGAUGAGUUUGAUUUGAGGAAAUAUUUCCCAUCGGAUGAAUGUCUUCUGAAUCUGCUGCCAGUGGUGAAAGUCUCCAGAAAAGCUGAGCUGUGUGUGUGUAAUCUCACAGAGGAAAGCUGUAGAGUUCUGUCCUCAGUUCUCAGAUCAAACUCCUCCAGACUGAGAGAACUGGACCUGAGUCACAAUAACCUGCAGGAGUCAGGAGUGAAGCUGCUCUCUGCUGGACUGGAGAAUCCACACUGUACACUGGAGAUACUGAGGCUGUAUGGGUGUAAUCUCACAGAGAAAAGCUGUAGAGUUCUGUCCUCAGUUCUCAGAUCAAACUCCUCCAGACUGAGAGAACUGGACCUGAGUCACAAUAAUAAACUGCAGGAUUCAGGAGUGAAGCUGCUCUCUGCUGGACUGGAGGAUCCACACUGUACACUGGAGAUACUGAGGCUGUGUGUGUGUAAUCUCACAGAGAAAAGCUGUAGAGUUCUGUCCUCAGUUCUCAGAUCAAACUCCUCCAGACUGAGAGAACUGGACCUGAGUGAGAAUAAACUGCGGAAUUCAGGAGUGAAGCUGCUCUCUGCUGGACUGGAGAAUCCACACUGUACACUGGAGACACUGAGGCUGGAACACUGCAGUAUUACAGGUGAAGGUUGUGCUGCUCUGGUUUCAGCUCUGAGAUCAAACACCUCAUCACACCUGAGAGAACUGAAUCUGAAACACAAUAAUCCAGGAGAAUCAGGAGAGAAGCUGCUCUCUGAUCUACUGAAGGAUCCACACUGUACACUGGAGAAACUACAGCUGAAGCCAUUUUCAAUCUGAUCUCCAAUUCUCAACCUCAGAUGAUUAUGGAUUACAUUAACCUGUACAAAUAAACAUUACAAAGUGUUGUGAAGAACAUACACUCACCGUCCACUUUAUUAGGAACACCUGUACACCUGCACAUUCAUGCAGUUAUCUAAUCAGCCAAUCAUGUGGCAGCAGCACAAUGCAUAAACCCAUGCAGAUGCAGGUCAAGAGCUUCAGUUAAUGUUCACAUCAAACAUCAGAAUGGAGGAAAAGUCUGAUCUCUGUGACUUUAACCGUGGCAUGGUUGUUGGUAGCAGAUGGGUUGGUUUGAGUAUUUCAGAAACUGCUGAUCUCCUGGGAUUUUCACACUGAACACCCGCUCACAGGAUGUGUUUUUCACCAUUCUGUAUAGAGACUGUUGUGUGUAUUUGGCUGAUUGGAUAAUUGCGUAAAUGAGCAGGUGUACAGGUGUUCCUAUUAAAGUGGACGGUGAGUGUAUGUGACUAUUACUAUUUUAAAAGGAUAAUGAUAAUGGGUAAGAUUUUGCUUGUACAGUGCUUUGUUGUGGUUCAUUAGAUGAUGAAAUGUCAGGACUGUAAAUAUGAAGCAGCUGAGAUAAAUAAACUAAACCUACAUAUUAGAUUGUUUAUGAGUAAUCCAGUAUAAUGUAGCUUAAACACACACACUGAACAGUAAUGAAACUUCUACUAUUACAUCUGUUUAUCAGCAAUAAAUAAACUGUUAUUGUAUCUCCA